GGACGCUUUCGAGUGGAUUUGUUUGCAUCGGGGCCGCGGCAACUCUCGUCUCCGCCAACUUCCAAAUUAUCGUCAGUGCUAUUCCGAUUUGCAACCUGGUUUGAAUGGAUAGCUUUCUCCUCCGCUCUUCCCCAGACGAGGGACAAACGGAGGAGCUCACGGACUGGGGAUAUCGCAGGCAAAGUUGUUGAAUGUGCGUCUACUGCAAGAGGUGCGGGUCGUGUAUUUGCUCCACACUACCCGGUGGAAAGCCGGAAUAAUUUAGCUCCUUUCAGCGGGCCUCCCUCCACGGAGCCCCGAGCCACUCUCCCAGCCGCCGCCAGCCAGCUACUCGCACCCACCAAAGGCGCCGAAAUUGGGCGAAUAGCGAGCAAAUACGUCCGCGUUUCUCUACCCGCUCCCCCGCCGACCUCCCCUCCUCACUCCCCGGCGCUGACAGCGGACAAGGCCGAGGUCGUAGUCGAGCAGGCCCGGCCGCCGAGGCUCGACAAGUCCACUCCACCUUCGCAUCAUACCACACCUCAGCAGCAGUCCAGAACCAAGCUCGCAUCCGAACCGGCCUCGGAGGACGUCGACGGCAGCCGAGAGAGCAAGGAGCUCCGCAUCGCAACGACAAAAGCUGCCAACAUGAACCACCACCAUCACCACACGCAGCAGCAGCAGAAAGCCGGCGAGCAGCAGCUCAGUGAACCGGAGGAUAUGGAAAUGGAAGCUGGGGACACCGAUGACCCUCCAAGAAUUCCAGCCAACCCAGUAAUCAAUGGUAACAUGGCCAUGGCGGACGGACACAACAAUACAGAAGAGGAUAUGGAGGACGGUGAGGAGGACACCAGCUGGCGGUCAGAAGCUACCUUUAGGUUUGUCGUGGAGCGCUUCAGUCGUCUCAGUGAGUCAGUUCUCAGCCCGUCCUGCUUUGUCCGCAACCUCCCAUGGAAGAUCAUGGUGAUGCCACGCUUCUACGCCGAUCGACCACACCAGAAGAGUGUGGGCUUCUUCCUGCAGUGUAAUGCUGAAUCAGACUCUACGUCAUGGUCGUGCCAUGCACAGGCUAUGCUAAAGAUCAUUAACUAUAAAGAUGACGAGAAGUCAUUCAGUCGCAGGAUUGGUCACCUGUUCUUCCACAAAGAAAACGACUGGGGCUUUUCCAACUUUAUGUCCUGGAGUGACGUCACUGACCCAGAAAGGGGCUUUAUCGAUGAUGACAAAGUCACAUUUGAAGUUUACGUCCAGGCAGAUGCCCCACAUGGAGUGGCCUGGGACUCAAAGAAACACACAGGCUAUGUUGGACUCAAGAACCAAGGAGCAACCUGCUACAUGAACAGCCUGCUACAGACACUCUUCUUCACUAACCAACUACGUCGGGCAGUGUACAUGAUGCCAACAGAGGGAGACGACUCAUCCAAGAGUGUUCCUCUGGCAUUGCAGAGGGUUUUUUAUGAGCUACAACACAGCGACAAGCCAGUCGGUACCAAGAAACUCACAAAGUCUUUCGGGUGGGAAACCCUAGAUAGUUUCAUGCAGCAUGAUGUUCAAGAGCUGUGCAGGGUGCUCCUUGACAAUGUGGAGAAUAAAAUGAAAGGCACCUGCGUUGAGGGAACGAUCCCUAAACUCUUCAGGGGAAAGAUGGUGUCGUACAUCCAGUGUAAGCAUGUGGACUACCGAUCAGAGCGGAUAGAGGAUUACUACGACAUUCAGCUUAGCAUAAAAGGAAAGAAAAACAUCUUUGAGUCAUUUAAAGAUUAUGUGGCAACUGAACAGUUAGAUGGAGACAACAAAUAUGAUGCGGGAGAACAUGGCCUGCAGGAAGCUGAGAAAGGAGUGAAGUUUCUCACUUUCCCACCAAUCCUUCACCUGCAGCUGAUGAGGUUCAUGUAUGACCCACAGACUGACCAAAACAUCAAGAUUAAUGACAGGUUUGAGUUUCCAGAUCAAUUACCUCUGGAUGAGUUCCUUCAAAAGCCCGACACCAAGGACCCGGCCAACUACAUCCUGCACGCUGUUCUCGUACACAGCGGGGACAACCAUGGCGGUCACUACGUCGUCUAUCUUAACCCCAAAGGAGACGGCAAAGUGAGUGUCAAGGAACCAAUAUGGUGCAAGUUUGAUGAUGACGUGGUGUCACGCUGCACCAAAGAGGAGGCCAUUGAGCACAACUAUGGCGGACAUGACGAUGAUCUCUCUGUUCGCCACUGCACCAAUGCAUACAUGUUGGUGUACAUUCGGGAGUCCAAGCUCAGCGAGGUGCUCCUACCCAUGACUGACGUGGACAUACCCCAGCAACUGGUGGAGCGUCUACAGGAGGAGAAGAGGGUGGAAGCCCAGAAGAGGAAGGAGCGUCAAGAGGCUCACCUCUACAUGCAAGUUCAGAUGGUGACAGAGGACCAGUUCUGUGGUCAUCAGGGCAAUGACAUGUAUGAUGAGGAGAAGGUGAAGUACACUGUCUUCAAAGUCCUGAAGAGCUCCUCCUUGCAAGAGUUUGUUCAAAACCUCUCCCAGACCAUGGGUUUUCCACAGGAGCAGAUGAGGUUGUGGCCCAUGCAAGCCCGGAGCAACGGAACUAAGCGGCCCGCUAUGCUCGACUAUGAGGCUGACUGCAACAAGUCUAUGAUUGCCUUGAGUGACAAUGAGAAUCCAUGGACAAUAUUUCUGGAGACUGUGGAUGCCGAACUAGCAGCCAGUGGGGCCACGUUACCGAAGUUUGACAAAGACCGUGAUGUCAUGCUUUUCUUGAAAAUGUAUGACACUAACACAAGAAGCUUAAAUUAUUGUGGACAUAUCUACACGCCUAUAUCCUGCAAAAUCCGAGACCUGCUACCAGUCAUGUGUGAGCGAGCAGGCUUUCAGCAGGAAACUAGCCUUAUCCUCUAUGAGGAAGUAAAGCCCAAUCUAACAGAGCGGAUUCAGGACUAUGAUGUCUCUCUGGACAAGGCCCUGGAUGAACUCAUGGACGGGGACAUCAUUGUCUUCCAGAAGCACGACCCUGAGAACGACAGUGAGCUGCCAACGGCCAAGGAAUAUUUCCGGGACCUCUACUACCGAGUAGAUGUCAUUUUCUGUGACAAGACCAUCCACAAUGACCCGGGCUUUGUGGUCACGCUCUCCAACCGCAUGAACUAUUUUCAGGUGGCGAAGACGGUAGCCCAAAGGUUGAACACAGAUCCCAUGCUGCUGCAGUUCUUUAAGUCACAGGGGUACAGGGACGGUCCAGGGAAUCCUCUCAGACACAAUUAUGAGGGAACGCUGCGGGACCUGCUGCAAUUCUUUAAGCCUCGGCAGCCCAAGAAACUCUACUAUCAGCAGUUGAAAAUGAAGAUCACAGACUUCGAGAACAGGAGGAGUUUUAAAUCCAUAUGGCUCAACAGCCAAUUCAGAGAGGAGGAGAUCACCCUCUACCCUGACAAGCACGGUUGUGUUCGCGACCUGUUGGAUGAAUGUAAAAAGGCAGUGGAGCUCUCUGAAAAGGGCUCUGAGAAGCUCAGGCUGUUAGAGAUAGUAAGCUAUAAAAUCAUCGGGGUUCACCAGGAGGACGAGCUCCUAGAAUGUUUAUCUCCGGCUGCCAGUCGCACCUUCAGAAUAGAGGAGAUCCCGGUGGACCAGGUGGAUCUGGAUAAGGACAGCGAACUGCUAAUCCCUGUCGCUCAUUUCCACAAGGAGGUCUUUGGCACAUUUGGGACCCCCUUCUUGCUCAAAAUCAGACAGGGUGAGUCGUUUCGGGAAGUCAUGAGGAGGAUCCAGACCAUGUUGGACAUCCAAGAGAAAGAAUUUGAGAAGUUCAAAUUUGCCAUUGUGAUGAUGGGCCGACAUCAAUACAUCACUGAAGACGAGUACGAGGUCAAUCUGAAGGACUUUGAACCGCAGCCAGGAAACAUGUCGCACCCUCGCCCCUGGCUUGGCUUGGAUCAUUUCAACAAAGCUCCAAAGAGAGGUCGCUACACCUACCUGGAGAAAGCAAUCAAAAUCCACAACUAAAGCAACCCGUCCUUUCUUUCUUCCCACCUUCCUUUCUUCCUCCCUGCCUAAGUCACACCAUAACUGACUGUAACCAACCUCACGUGCGUACGCGUGUGGAAGUGUGAGCUUGAGUGUACGCGUGUGUAUGCGGGCGCUCGUAUGUGCGCUCAUCACUUUCAGCCCAACCGCCUGGACGCAAGCGAGCUCCGCACUUGUUCUUGUCUUCAGCCCAUCUUUCUGCAGCUGAUGGAUUCUCCUUCAACUCCAACAUAAACUGCGACUACAUUUCUGGGUGGUUUUUUUUGUUUGUUUUUCCCCCCCGAAAUCCACCGCUUUAAUAAUUUUUUUUGUCCCCCUCUCUGGCUUCUCUUAACUGUUGACUGCCUGUGUUGUGCCUGGAAGUGGCGGAAAAUUGGAUUUUAAUACGUGGAGAAGAGUAACACAGAAAACUAUUAUACUAUAAUGUAUAUAUCUAUAAAUAUACAUAAAGUUCUAGACUUAAUUUUUCCCUCCUGCCUCAACUCGUGUUUUUUUUUUUUUUUUUUUUUUUUUUUUUUUUUUUUUUUUGGGUUGACUUUUAAAUGAAGACUUGCUGCUGUGAGAGAGUCGAGUGGAAGUACGCUUGCAACUACUAAUUGGCAGCGAGAAUAAAUAACUGUUGCCAUUCAUUUUACGCAGCCCGAGUGUGCUUCUUACGUUUUCUGCUCUCGCCCUCUUACGCAACAAUCAUAAGUAUUUCCACGUUUACGCACAGUUGUCUCACCUAGUUUUGUCGGGAGGACGUUCUUGUGUCUUUCUGCAGAGUUUGUAUUAUUAUAUAGUAAUAAGAAUUCACUGCAAAUGUUUAAAGUGAAAUAAAACGGGGUUUAAAGAGAGCAAGAAAUUUGUCUGUAUUUCAUCUUGCACGCUGGCACUUGACAUCAGAGAGCUCUCAGGACUGGAAAAUGUUUUGGGGUGUUGUUUGGGUGACGGUCCCUGGUUAUCUUUUGUUUAGCUGCUUUUCUCAGUCAUUCUACCCAUAGAAACACCAAAGCACCUGCCUUUCAGCUCUUAUUCAUCCUUUCCUUUCUUUCAUCUGCGCUGAGUGAAAGUGUCACCCCCUGGUGGUCGGGAGCAGUAAGCGAAAUGUGCAUGUGGCAGGUAGCAGCAACUUGGCACGUUUAAAGAUUGUGUAAAGGCAAAAACCAGCAUUGUAAGAAACACUUAAAUUCCGUUUUUUUUUUGUUUUUUUUUUUUUAAAGCACAGAUGGAAUGCUCCUCAGUGCGUAGUGAGGCUGUGUAAAGACAACAUUUAAGAAUUGUAUAUUUAAAAAUAUGGACAUGUAAAAUUUAAGAGAAACACUCGCCUUUGUUUUGGGGUACAGAAGGAGCCAGUUGUUCAUAUUUCUUGUGUGUAGGUUUUCAAGUUUUUUUUUUUUUUUUUUUUGGUUUUUUGCGUUCCUGAUGUACCAUCGACAGUUUGUUACAUUCGCAUCUGUUCUCCAAACUAACUGCACCAGUUUUGUCUCGUUCAAAGGUGCAGUACAAAGAAGACUUGCAAAUUCACGUUUUUUUUCCCUCCCCAAUUGAAAAUCCUCAGUGUAGCAGCAGUGUACGACAACUUAUUCCUGUAUAUUGCCUUUUUGCUGGAAAAUGUAUGUUGAAU